UUCCGGCGUCACUUUUCCGGCUAGGUUUCCGUCGAUUCACAAUAUUUUGAAUCGGAAAAAUCUGGUUUCGACGAAGGUUCAUAUUAUAAGAUGAACAGGAGGAAGAAAGAUUUCGGGAUAGGAGACAAUGAAAGCGAAUUCUACGAUGGGAAGAUGAAAAAGAAUGAGCAGUCAAUGUCGUCGGCAUCUAUGACAUCAUCGGUGAAAGAGGAUAUGGAACCUGUGCAGUGUAGGUGCGGACAUACAAGCCCAAUUAUAACAUCCACUACUAUAAAAAAUCCUGGGAGGCGAUUCUAUGGGUGUGCUAUGUAUGACCGUAAAAAGAAAGCUGGCCAAUGUCCUUUUUUCCAAUGGUAUGACAAAGAAACCUGUGCUCGCGGAAGGGAGGUCCUACCUGCGCUGUAUAAACAAGUUCAUUCCCUGAAAUGUGAAGUGUCAUUACUUAGGGGCAAACUAAAGAUCCAAACAUAUUUGUUGGUUUUUUUGUUGGUGAUUUGUGUACUGUUGAUUUGUCUAAGGUUGAUGGGGCAUUGA